UAGAACCACUGACAGUGACAGCUAGUUUAGUGUUUAUUCGUUGUGAUAAGAAUGUUUUCGCUCGUACUUGUUUAGUAAAUUUAAUUCAAAAUGAGUGAUUUUACGAAUGCUACGGAGGCGGCAUCACUUGCAGUUACAUUCGACCAAACCGGACAAACUGAUAAAGCAGUGGAAUGCUACCGUACAGCUGCCAGAUUACUCGACAGAGUUUGCGAUAAUAUGUCGCCAGAAAGGCAAGCAGAAAUACGAAAGAAGGUUAAAGAAUAUCUGGAAAGAGCUACAUUCUUGCAGGAACAAAAAGACAGAGCUCAACAAGAGGAGAGUGAAAGAAUUUUGCAAAAAUGUUAUUUCUUGAUGCAGCAAGCACUAGAUGCAGAUGAAGCUAAUUUACAAGAUCUGGCUUUGCAGUUGUAUACACAAGCUGUAGAAAUAGCAGUUAAUUUUAAAGUGACAGAUGGAGAUGUAAAAGCAAGGAUUAAUGGUCUGGCAGCCCAAGCAUUGGAUCGUGCUGAGGAAAUAAAAGGAAUAAAAAAAAUGGGCUCUUUAUCUAUAACUGAGCCAAAACAGCCUACUAUUUCACCAAACAGAGCGCAAUUACAACGAGAACAAAGUGUACAUCUUAAAGUCAGUGGUAAACAAGUGUACACAGAAGAGGAGAAAGAAGUGUUACGUAUGACGUCAAAUAUAAACAAUAAUUGCUUCCUUCCAUUCAUGGACGUUGAUUUAUCAGAAAAGUUUCAAUACGCUCUGCCUUUUGAAGACAGAGCAAGUACAUUGAAGCUUUCCUCGAAACAGGAGAAAGAGUUUGAUGGAUGGAUUCGACCGCAUGAAGUGUCUAGUGAUCCAAAACUGAUAGUCGGUGAUCAUGUUGACUGUUUUAGUAUAAAACAAACAAUAGUAUCAGACUGUUCGUUCGUAGCGUCAUUAGCAGUUAGCGCGUUAUACGAAAAAAGAUUUAACAAGAAGAUAAUUACCUCAAUCAUUUACCCAAAGAAUAAAAACAAGCAGCCGGUGUACAAUCCAUUCGGCAAAUAUAUGGUGAAGUUGCAUUUGAAUGGAGUGCGAAGAAAGGUGAUAAUCGACGACAGACUCCCCUAUAGCAAAUAUGGACGCUUGCUAUGUUCCUACUCCAGUAACAAAAACGAGUUCUGGGUGUCGAUGCUGGAGAAGGCUUACAUGAAGGUCAUGGGGGGCUAUGAUUUUCCUGGGUCUAACAGUAACAUCGACCUGCACGCGCUGACGGGCUGGAUCCCCGAGCGGUGCGCGAUCCGCAACGGCGAGGCCGACUUCAACGCCGAUGCGCUGUUCGAGCUGCUGCGCGCGAGGCUGCAGCGCGGGGACGUGCUCGCCACCGUCGCCACGGGCGCGCUGGGCGACGCCGCCGCCGAGCGCACCGGCCUCGUGGCCGCGCACGCCUACGCCGUGCUCGACGUGCGGCUCGUCGCCGGCGCGCGGCUGCUGAAGCUGAAGAACCCGUGGUCGCACCUGCGCUGGCGCGGCCGCUACAGCGAGCUGGACACGGCGCACUGGUCGGCGGCGCUGCGCGCGGAGCUGCGCUACGACCCCGACAGCGCGGCGCAGUACGACAACGGCGUCUUUUGGAUCGACUUCCCCAGCAUCCUCAACUUCUUCGACGUCUUCUACCUCAACUGGAACCCGGAGCUGUUCAAGUUCACCUACUGCAUACAUCAGAAAUGGGAUGCCGGAAAUGGUCCAGUCAAGGAUGCAUAUAACAUUAGCGAGAAUCCUCAGUUCACUCUACACGUGCAGGGCAAGGGCGCUGUGUGGUUGUUGCUGACGAGACACAUCACUCAGAUAGAGGACUUCCAGGACAACAAGGAGUACAUCACUCUACUGGUUUACAAAAACGGACGGAGGGUUUACUACCCUUAUGACCCCCCGCCCUACAUCGAUGGUAUUAGAAUAAACAGCCCCCAUUACCUUUGCAAGAUAAUAGUCGGGGACUCGAGCUGUGACCGAUACACAUUGGUCGUCUCCCAGUACGAGAAGACAAGAACGAUAUUCUACACCCUGAGGGCGUACGCCACUUGUCCCUUCUCCAUGGCGAAGAUCGAAGCUUAUCCAUAUACGAAAAACAUAAAAGGCGAAUGGUCGGGCAGGACCGCAGGCGGUUGCGAGAACCAUCGACAGACAUACCCAAAUAACCCUAAAUAUAUCGUAACCGUCCCCGACACGAGAACGGCCUGCCAUCUCGUGGCGGAGCUGAAGGGACCCAAACAAUACCAGAUAGGGGUGGACGCUAGAGUCGAAGCAUUGGACGAUCCCAAUUUGACAGCUCCGUUCCUUAAGGAAUCCUCUGGACCUUAUAGAUCCGGUUUCGUAGUACUCGAAUUAAACAACUUACCAUCUGGUCGGUACAUCUUAACCCCCUCCACCUUCUACCCGGGACAAGAAGGCCCCUUCUUCCUGGAACUACGUUCGACCUGUGAAAUCACAUGCGAAUCUCGCAACUAGACGACGUUCAGAAGAGAAAAACUUCGACUUUUAAGAAAAAAUGUAUUUUAAAAAUUGCUAAGUGAUAUUAAUGUUAUUUAAAAUUAUAAAUGGAGUUUUCUAUUUUAACGGCCAAAAUGGUUUCGAAUACAUGAAUUG